GUGACGUCAUGUCGCGGCUGGCCGGUGUUUCUGUCUUCUUCCCCCUCCCUUACUCUUCCUCCCCAGGCCCUCCCCUUCUCUCCCCCUUCCCUCCUCCGGCUUCAGCCUUUGAGGCCGCACGAAUACAGGAGGCUAUGGAGUAAGCUGGCCGCAGUGACCUGGAGCCGACGCUGACCAGGAGCAACCAGCAAGUUUUUGGGGGAGUGGGAGAAACGAGUCCCAGAACCGCCCUCCCGGGAGGAAAGGGUAAGAAGCAACUUUAACUACCCAGUAUUGCAGCCAUGGAGUCCAUGCUUAAUAAAUUGAAGAGUACUGUUACAAAAGUAACAGCUGACGUCACUAGUGCUGUAAUGGGAAAUCCUGUCACUAGAGAAUUCGAUGUCGGCCGACACAUCGCCAGUGGUGGCAAUGGGUUAGUUUGGAAGAUUUUUAAUGGCACAAAAAAGUCAACAAAGCAGGAGGUUGCUGUUUUUGUCUUUGAUAAAAAGCUGAUUGACAAAUAUCAAAAAUUUGAAAAGGAUCAAAUCAUUGAUUCUCUUAAACGAGGAGUCCAACAGUUAACUCGACUACGACACCCUCGGCUUCUUACUGUCCAGCAUCCUUUAGAAGAAUCCAGGGAUUGCUUGGCAUUUUGUACGGAACCAGUUUUUGCUAGCUUAGCCAAUGUUCUAGGUAAUUUGGAAAAUAUACCUUCUUCUGUAUCUCCAGACAUUAAGGAUUAUAAGCUUUAUGACGUAGAAACCAAGUAUGGUUUGCUUCAGGUUUCUGAAGGAUUGUCAUUUUUGCAUAGCAGUGUGAAAAUGGUUCAUGGAAAUAUUACACCUGAAAAUAUAAUUUUGAAUAAAAGUGGAGCCUGGAAAAUAAUGGGCUUUGAUUUUUGUGUAUCAUCAACCAAUCCUUCUGAACAAGAGCCUAAGUUCCCUUGUAAAGAAUGGGACCCAAAUUUACCAUCAUUGUGUCUUCCAAAUCCUGAAUAUUUGGCUCCUGAAUACAUACUUUCUGUGAGCUGUGAAACAGCCAGUGAUAUGUACUCUUUAGGAACUGUCGUGUAUGCUGUAUUCAAUAAAGGGAAACCUAUUUUUGAAGUUAACAAGCAAGAUAUUUACAAGAGUUUCAGUAGGCAGUUGGAUCAGUUGAGUCGUUUAGGAUCUAGUUCACUUACAAAUAUACCUGAGGAAGUCCGUGAACACGUAAAACUACUAUUAAAUGUAACUCCAGCUGUAAGACCAGAUGCAGAUCAAAUGACAAAGAUUCCCUUUUUUGAUGAUGUUGGUGCAGUAACACUGCAGUAUUUUGAUACCUUAUUCCAAAGAGAUAAUCUUCAGAAAUCACAGUUUUUCAAAGGACUGCCAAAGGUUCUACCAAAACUGCCCAAGCGUGUCAUUGUGCAGAGAAUUUUGCCUUGUUUGACUUCAGAAUUUGUAAACCCUGACAUGGUACCUUUUGUUUUGCCCAAUGUUCUACUGAUUGCUGAAGAAUGCACCAAAGAAGAAUAUGUCAAAUUAGUUCUACCUGAACUUGGCCCUGUCUUUAAACAGCAGGAGCCAAUCCAGGCUAGCAACAUGAUUUUGUUAAUUUUCCUACAAAAAAUGGAUUUGCUACUAACCAAAACUCCACCUGAUGAGAUAAAGAACAGUGUCCUACCAAUGGUUUACAGAGCACUAGAGGCUCCAUCCAUUCAGAUCCAGGAACUCUGUCUAAACAUCAUUCCAACCUUUGCAAAUCUUAUAGACUACCCUUCCAUGAAAAAUGCUUUGAUACCAAGAAUUAAAAAUGCAUGUCUACAAACGUCUUCCCUUGCUGUUCGUGUAAAUUCAUUAGUGUGCUUAGGAAAGAUUUUGGAAUACUUGGAUAAGUGGUUUGUACUUGAUGAUAUCCUUCCCUUCCUACAACAGAUUCCAUCCAAGGAACCCGCAGUCCUCAUGGGAAUUUUAGGUAUUUACAAAUGUACUUUUACUCAUAAGAAGUUGGGAAUCACCAAAGAGCAGCUGGCUGGGAAAGUAUUGCCUCAUCUGAUUCCCCUGAGUAUUGAAAACAAUCUUAAUCUCAAUCAGUUCAAUUCUUUCAUUUCUGUCAUAAAAGAGAUGCUUAAUAGAUUAGAGUGUGAACAUAAGACUAAACUGGAGCAACUUCAUAUAAUGCAAGAACAGCAGAAAUCUUUGGAUAUAGGAAAUCAAAUGAAUGCCUCUGAGGACACAAAAGUUACAAAUGUUGGUUCUCAGCAGAUUGACAAAGUCUUUAACAACAUCGGAGCAGACCUUCUGACUGGUGGUGAAUCAGAAAAAGAGGAUGGUUUACAAAAUAAACAUAAAAGAGCAUCACUUACACUUGAAGAAAAACAAAAAUUAGCAAAAGAACAGGAGCAGGCACAGAAGUUGAAAAGCCAGCAGCCUCUUAAACCCCAAGUGCAUACACCCAUUGCUCCAGUCAAACAGACUAAGGACUUGACAGACACAUUGAUGGAUAAUAUGUCAUCUUUGACCAGCCUUUCUGUUACUACCCCUAAAAUUUCUGCUUCAAGUACCUUCACCUCUGUUCCUUCCGUGGGCCUUGGCAUGAUGUUUUCUACACCAAAUGAUAAUACAAAGAGAAGUUUGACAAAUGGCCUAAAUGCUAACAUGGGCUUUCAGACUGCAGGAUUCAGCAUGCCGGUUAAUACUAACCAGAACUUAUUCAGUAGUCCAAGCACACCUGGAGUGACCAAGAUGACACCGGGAACACCUUCCACUUUGCCAAACUUCAGUGCUGUGAGUGUUCCUCCUGCCGGCGCAAAGCAGACUCAACAAAGACCCACAGAUAUGUCCGCUCUUAAUAAUCUCUUUGGCCUUCAGAAACCCAAAGUUAGCAUGAACCAGUUAUCUCAACAGAAACCAAAUCAGUGGCUUAAUCAGUUUGUACCUCCUCAAGGGUCUCCAGGUAUGGGCAGUUCGGUAAUGGGAGCACAGAUGAACAUGACAGGACAGUCUUCCUUUGGUAUGCAGGCUAACCCUUUCUUUAACCCACAGACCUUUGCACAGCCGCCAACUACUAUGACCAGUAGCAGUUCAGCUAGCAAUGACUUAAAAGAUCUUUUUGGGUGAGGUGUCUCGCUCCUAUUUUUGAAGGAUUACUUCUUUUCAAUCAUGGGUGAGCUGAUUUAUAUCUUUAUAUAGUUGGCUUGGAGGAACUACUUCUGUGGGAAAGUGAAUGGUUCUCUGACAGAAAACACCUGUUUCCAUGCCAGCAUAGUAGUUGUAAGGACUCCUUAACUACAGUUGAGUUUUUUAAAGCAUUGAGGAUUUUUUUCCUCUUACCAUCUUCUCUUCAGGUUUUUAAAAGACCCCAACCCUUACCAAUCUUAAUGAGAAAAAAAAGACACCUGAAUAUCUUGAAUAGCAGAAUUUUUUAAUCAAGUGUUUAUUUUGGCUUGUAAAUCUUGGUGUUAUUUAAAAAAUCGAGUUGGUGGUAAUUGCAAGUGUCAUCUAUUAAAUACUACAUGGUACACAGUUGCUCUUCAAAAGUCAUCAUUCUUGAUUUUAAUAUGUGGAAGAUCAUGAUGCUGUAUUGAUUUGUUUGCGUUUAGUAUGACAGAGAGAAAAUGAUAACCAUAACAAAAAGAAUCAGGUCACUUGCUUUUUCCAAUCUUAUUUACUUCUGAGAUAAACUAAUGUUUAGUACAAAAGACCAAGCAAACACUGCAAAAUUUAACUUAAUGUUGAUUUCAUUGUUUGAAACUUAAGGCAUUAUUAACCAUCUUAAAUGCAAACCAAUCAUUGUAAAUUAUAUUUAAGCAUGGUCUGCCUCGAAUAGUAAUGUAUUUUUCUGCAUUCACUUGGGGACAUUUACACUUUUUUCCUACCAUAUCACAGAUAGAAGAGGUAUGUACUGAUACUUGACAAAGCCCUCUGGUGUGAUUCUCUGACUGUUGCCUUCAUAUUUCAUUUUGAUUUCAAACUUCUGAGGUUGCAGCAUAUAUUAAUUGCAUUUCGAGAGGAGAUUUGUAAGAAUUAAACUAUAUUUAAUGAGUAAACUUUUGAGAUUUCUUCUGUAUUGUUUCAGAUGUAAUAAACUUUACUUCUCUAAAAAUGAGCAGUUUUAUCUUCUGGCUACCAACAGAUUUUCAGUUUACCAUGAUAAAGUCUGAUCUCAUCAAUUACUGCAAUUGAAGUUAAAUUUUUUUCUAGGAAGUUCAGGAAUCAUUUAUUUGAACAUUUUCAUCUCUAUAAUAAGCCAUUUUUAGGAAGGAGAAAAUGAAUUCUUCUGCCAGGAAACAUACUUUAUUUUUCAAAGUCUUUCUCUGAUUUUUUUUAAAAUUUACUGAUUAUUCAACUCAGAGCUUUAUGCUAUAAAUGUCAGUUGUAUUUUUUUAAAUUAUAUUUUACCAUUAUAUAGCUUUAAAGUGAUCUUUCACAGAACUAUUACAUGUAUUAGUUGCUGCCAUUGAGUUUGUGGUUUUUAAUUAUCUGAAACUGGCAAUCAUUUAAAAUAUAUCAUAUGUUGUAGUGUGCUGAUACUAAGUUGAUUCAUUGAAAUACAUACGUAUAUAUACAUAUACACACUAAAUAUAUACAUUGAAUAUAUGGUACUUGGUUAUAAAAUGUAAUUUGAUGAUAAUGCUGGCAGCAUUCAGUAAGAGGGAGAGUACUUUAAAAAAUAAAGUCAGCUUUACAUCUGGUUUCUUUAUGAGCUAAACAUUGUUACAUGGUUUUAGAAAAAGGACUCAGAAAUGCUGAAGAAACUUAAUCCAAGAAAUGAAAGGCACUAGGAUGAUCAGAUGCUUUUGUCAAAUAUAUUAACACCUUGGCCAGAUUAUCUGUCUUGUUUGUAACACAGUACUUCUCUUGAGAAAAGUUUUCAUAUGGAAUAAAAUUGCUUGAUGUUGAAGAAUUUUUCUUUGUAACAGUUCAGUAGUCACUAUUUGUGAGGAAAUUGUUUUUUUAUUUUGUAAAAUGCCGUGAUGUUGGUGGUGGACUCCUAAUUAGAAGGAAAGCAUAAUAUAACAUAUGAUUUGAACUUCUAAAUAUAAAAAUAGAUUAUUUGAGAAAGUAUAAUAUGUAAUUCCUAGGUCAUUUUCACACCUUGUAAUAUGCUCAUUCAUUGAAGUAGUGGUGCUACAUUUUUAGAAAAUUCUUCCUAAACUUUUUUUUUCUAAUUUCUUGAAGGUAUUUUAUUUAAAUAAUUUCCAUCAGUUGAACUGUUACCAUUGCCUUUUUCUGUUGAGAAGUGCUUAUGAAAAAUAGUGCUGCGUUUAGGCUUGUAUUUCUAUGUGAACAACAUUUUCAGAGUUGUAGGUCACCUUAAAAUUAUUUCAGAUAUUGACAGCAUUAAGUCCGUUAUGCUUAGAGUAGAAAAUUGGUAGAUUAAAAAAAUAAAAAGCACAUGUAGACAAAAAUUACAAGAAAGAUUCCCUUUUAUUUGAAUUGGUUCUUUAUUCUGAUACUAAAAUGUGUGAUCUAUGUAGAGGAUGUAUAAAAGGAAAUGGAAAUAGACUAUGUGCUUGGCAGGGUUUUGUUUGUUUUUGUUUUUAUUUUGGAAUUCUUAUAACCAUUUUCACCUUAAUAAGUUAAGGAAGUAGGUUUUAUGUGUUUGUUUAACCUGUAAAAUACCUCACGUGGUGGCUUUUCCAUAUUAAAAGAAAAGGUAUAUAUGGAAGUACCUGACAGCAAGCACAGAGUAUACACCAAAUAAAUUACAGCUUUGAUAAAACUUUCCA